GAACCAGCCCCGCUCCGACACCGGCCCCGAGUCCCAAAGUGCAUGAGGCUGGUGUUCACCCCAGAGCCACCCACCACCCCCACGGAGGCCCAGGGCAGCCAUGUCGGGUUCCUACGAUGAGACAGCAGCAGCCCCAGAGGAGACAACUGACAGCUUCUGGGAGGUGGGGAAUUACAAGCGCACGGUGAAGCGGAUCGACGAUGGGCACCGACUCUGCAACGACCUCAUGAACUGUGUGCAUGAGAGGGCCAAGAUUGAGAAGUCCUAUGCCCAGCAGCUCACUGACUGGUCCAAGAGGUGGAGGCAGCUCAUUGAGAAAGGUCCUCAGUAUGGGAGUCUGGAGAAGGCCUGGAGUGCCAUCAUGACAGAGGCAGACAAGGUGAGCGAGCUGCACCAGGAGGUGAAGAACAGCCUGCUGAAUGAUGACUUUGAGAAGGUCAAGAACUGGCAGAAGGAUGCUUACCACAAGCAGAUGAUGGGAGGCUUCAAGGAAACCAAAGAGGCUGAAGAUGGAUUCCGGAAAGCCCAGAAGCCCUGGGCCAAGAAGCUCAAGGAGCUGGAGACAGCCAAGAAAUCCUAUCACCUGGCCUGCAAGGAGGAGAAGCUGGCCAUGACCCGGGAAGCCAACAGCAAGGCAGAUCAGUCCAACACCCCUGAGCAGCAGAAGAAGCUCCAGGACAAAGUAGAAAAGUGCAAGCAAGAUGUGCAAAAGACUCAGGAGAAGUAUGAGAAGGUGCUGGAUGAGCUGAACAAGUGCACCCCUCAGUACAUCGAGAGCAUGGAGCAGGUCUUUGAGCAGUGCCAGCAGUUUGAGGAGAAGAGGCUCAACUUUCUCAAGGAAGUGCUCCUGGACAUCAAGAGACACCUGAACCUGGCUGAGAGCAGCAGCUAUGCCAAUGUCUACCGGGAGCUGGAGCAAACCAUCCGCAGCUCGGAUGCUCAGGAGGAUCUCCGGUGGUUCCGCAGCACCAGUGGCCCCGGGAUGGCCAUGAACUGGCCCCAGUUUGAGGAGUGGAACCCGGACCUGGCGCACACGAUAACACGGAAGGAGAAGCAGAAGAAGGGGGAAGGGGUGACCACGGCCAACACCAGCACGGGAGAGACCGGAGCCAUGGCAGGAGAGAGGGGGAGCGUGGGCAGCCAUGACCGUGGGCAGACCUACAGCGCCGAGUGGUCGGAUGAUGAGGGCAGCAACUCCCUCAACACCAGUGAGGCCAACGGUGGCACCAACCCCUUCGAGGAGGAGGCUGCAGGGAAGGGUGUGAGGGUCCGGGCUCUCUACGACUACGAUGGGCAGGAGCAGGAUGAGCUCAGCUUCAAAGCAGGUGAUGAAUUGACCAAACUGGGGGAAGAAGACGAGCAGGGAUGGUGCAAAGGGCGCUUGGACAACGGGCAGCUGGGGCUCUACCCCGCCAACUACGUGGAGGCAAUUUAA